AUGGCAUCCAGGCUUGAUCGACUUGUCACAAUACUUGAGACCGGGAGUACCCGGCUCAUCCGGGACACCGCAGUGAAUCAGCUGGCCGAUUGGCAGAAACAACAGCCAGAGGAAUUAUUUAACCUGCUCUCAAGAGUUGUCCCGUACCUGCGACACAAGGACUGGGAGACACGAACUACUGCGGCAAAGGCCAUUGGCAAAAUCGUUGAGAAUGCCGAGACCUAUGACCCGAACGCCGACGAGGAACCUGUCCAACCCAAGAAGGACGAGGAUGCCGGCAAUGGCUUUGUCAAGAAGGAGGAGGCGGAUUCAUCCAUACCUGUCUACGACAGUCUAAGCCUAGGUACAUUGAACGUGUCUGAUAUCAUCAAGUACGGCAGACAAUUGCUUCGCGGCGGCACAAUUGACUACUCCCUCGGUGCUUUGGACCCUCAAGAGCGCCUGAUACACCAAAAGAAGACUCUCAUCGGCCGUCUCGGCCUGCUGGGUCGGCCUUACGAGGACGAAGAAAUACCCAUCCCGAACGAGUCUGCCGUGAGUCCUGGCACUCCGGCAGACACGAAUGGGUCCCACGGCUUCGGCAGACCUGACAGCAAUGGAGCUGGUACCACACCUUACCCCGCCGAAGAAAGCGGCAUGAGCGCAAGGCAGCUGAACGUGCUCAAGCGAAAACGGAAACGGGAGGCUCAGAAGGCCGCCCAAGGCAAGGGCGGAUUCGGCGACCUUUCGCUCCGACGGAAUACAACAGCUGGCUCGGAAGGCCUUGCCGAAGACACGCCCAUGGUCGAUGCCGACUCAAAAAAGAAUGGGAAGAUGGCUGACUACUUCAGUCUUGAUAGGCCCGCUGACCUCGAGGAAGACAGUAAGGUUGUAUCCGAGUAUAAAGGCGCAGUCCUACCCAUCAAAUCAGAAUUGGAGACCGACAACAUGGAAGGUUCCGAGUGGCCUUACGAGCGGUUAUGUGAAUUUCUCAAGGUCGAUUUGUUCGACCCCUCCUGGGAUACCAGGCAUGGUGCGGCUAUGGGCCUGAGAGAGCUAAUCAGAGUCCACGGUGCAGGAGCUGGUCGGGUCCGGGGCGUUUCACGCAGUGAGAACGACGUGCUCAACAAAAAAUGGCUCGAUGAUCUCGCCUGUCGGCUCUGCUGCGUUCUGAUGCUGGACAGGUUCACAGACUACAGUUCAGACACAUCGGUGGCGCCCAUCAGAGAAACAGUCGGCCAAACACUCGGAUCCGUCCUGUUCCACGUGUCUCCGGACUCAGUGCAUGCCAUCUACCGCAUCCUACACCGCAUGGUGAUGCAAGAAGAUUUGCCGUUAGACCAGCAUGUCUGGCCCAUCUGCCAUGGCGGAAUGGUUGGGCUUCGUUAUGUCGUUGCGGUUCGCAAAGAUCUCCUACUGAAAGACGGCGAAAUGAUCGACGGUAUCAUUGGCGCGGUCAUGAAAGGUCUCGGCGACAGGGAUGACGACGUUCGUUCUGUCAGCGCCGCCACGUUGACACCAAUGGCAAAGGAAUUCGUCACGCAACGUCCUGGCGAGUUGAAUGGCCUCAUCAAUAUCGUCUGGGAAGGUUUGGCUGACCUCAGCGAUGAUCUCAGUGCUUCGACUGGCAAGAUCAUGGAUCUCCUUGCUGUUCUCUGCAGCUUUCCGGAAGUCCUGGCGGCUAUGAAGGCUUCAGCGCAAGAGGACGAGGAGAGGACAUUCACUGUUCUUGUCCCUAGGCUUUACCCGUUCCUCCGCCACACCAUCACAUCAGUCCGUCUGGCUGUCCUCAAGGCUCUCAUGACCUUCGCCAAGCUUGACGCAGAAUCAGCGCAAGGUUGGUUGAAUGGCAGGAUUCUCAGACUGAUCUUUCAGAAUAUUCUGGUCGAGCGCGAUUCAGAGACAUUGAACAUGUCUAUUGAGCUAUGGAUCUCACUCGUCAAGUCUCUAGCUCAGAACCCAGCGGUGCUGGCAAUGGAGUUCUCUUCUCAUGUCGAUCCAUUGAUGCAGCUGACUCUGCAUCCCAUCGGUGUCCAGCGCAACCCUAUUCCCAUGGACGCCACACUUUUCAUGAAGCCAUCAGGCGGUACAUAUGCCCCUAUAAGCGGAGCACCGGCGCCACCCCGAAGAUCUAGUCCAUCAGAUGGCCCGGAGCGUGCCACCAAGAGACGCAGGAAAUCGACCAAGGUCGAGGAACCGCAAGCUGCGUCCCAAUCGCACGAUCUCGAUGGCCGCAUGAUGCAAGGAGACGUUGAUCUCGUCGGGAUGGAAACGCUUGUGCGAUCCCGAAUCAGCGCUGCGAAAGCCAUGGGCUUCAUCAUGUCGCUUCUGCCUGCAGCAGACCUGCAGGAAUAUGACGCAAGUAUCAUCAAGGGCCUUUCGUCCUCAUACUCCUCCACACAGCUCAGCGCUUGCAUGGUCGUGGAUGAGUACGCGCGGAGCUCUUCAAACGUUGAGCAGUGCACAAGGUUCGCAACGUUGCUGCAGGAAAUGGUGGCAGGUGAACGGCCAUCUUGUUAUCGAGACCUGGUUAGCUAUAUCCGAGGCGUCCGCGCUCAGUGCUCGCAACUGAUACAUCUAUUCCGCGAUUUCGGAAAGGUGUCAUCCAGUAAGCUUCCGACACUUGCUGUGAUCGUUCAGGGCGAGGCAGAGGCAGGACCGGGCGCGUUUUCGAUCGCGAAUGCUGAAAAGGUGGUGGGCGAGGAUUACGAGAAGCUCAAGAAAGCAAUGGCCCCCGGGCAACGGCUAAUAGCCAGUCAACAGCUGGCGGAGUCUCGUGAUCUUACCGUCCAGGCCAUCGAAGAAGCCAAGGCCAAGAAAGAGACGCGCGAUGUUCGGAUCAAAGCGGCAGCGGCAUGUGCUUUGGUGGCAAUCAAACAUUUGCCUAAGAAGCCAAGCCCGCUCAUCAAGGCCAUCAUGGACAGCAUCAAAUACGAGGAAAACCAGGAUCUUCAGAGCCGAUCGGCAUCGACAAUCGCAAAUCUCGUCCAAUUCUUCACAGAGUCUGGUCGCCGGGGCCCCGCGGACAAGGUGGUAGGCAACCUCGUAAAGUUUUCUUGCAUGGAGGUGGCAGAGACACCAGAAUUCCCAGUCCACGCUAGUAAGACAGACGUGGUGCUUUCAAUGCAGAAGGAAGAAGACCGUGUCGACCAUCCUGAUGCUGCUAAAUGGGCGCGCGAGGCAAAGGCAGCUCGAAUCACACGCCGUGGCGCGAAGGAGGCGUUGCAGAUUUUAUCGAAGACGUUCGGCGCUGAGCUUCUAAAUGUUGUCCCCAGCGUUCGCACUUUCAUGGAGCAGCCCCUCUUGCAGGCAUUCUCUGGCGACCUGCCUCCUGAGGCAAGAGACCCAGAGAACACCUUCGGACAAGAGGUUGUCGACGCCAUGUCCGUGAUUCGCACGAUGACGCCGACAAUCGACCCUGCUCUCCAUCCCUUCAUCAUGCAGAUGGUCCCGCUCGUCAUCAAAGCUUUGCGUUCUGAGCUGUCAGUAUUCCGGUACAUGGCUGCUAAAUGCUUGGCAACGAUCUGCAGCGUCAUCACGGUGCAGGGCAUGACAGCACUGGUCGAGAAGGUCUUACCGUCGAUCAACAACCCCCUGGACCUCUACUUCCGACAAGGCGCCAUCGAGGUCAUAUACCACUUGAUAGCCGUCAUGGGAGAUGCGAUCUUACCGUACGUCGUCUUCCUCAUCGUCCCUGUCUUGGGCCGUAUGAGUGACUCAGACAACGAGAUUCGGCUGAUAGCAACAACAUCGUUUGCGACAUUGGUGAAGCUUGUGCCGCUGGAGGCAGGCAUACCUGACCCACCAGGUCUCUCGUCAGAACUGCUCAAGGGCAGGGACCGCGAGAGGACCUUCAUUGCGCAGCUUCUGGAUCCCAAGAAGGUCGAGGCCUUCUCGCUCCCGGUGGCCAUCAAGGCCGAGCUCCGCUCCUACCAGCAGGACGGCGUGAACUGGCUGAACUUCCUCCGCCGCUACCACCUCCACGGUAUCCUAUGUGACGAUAUGGGCUUGGGCAAGACGCUGCAGACACUCUGCAUAGUCGCCAGUGACCAUCACGAGCGAGCCGAAGAGUUUUCCAAGACCGGAUCGCCAGAUGUCAGGCGGCUUCCAUCGCUGAUUGUGUGCCCUCCUACCCUGUCUGGUCAUUGGCAGCAGGAGAUCAAGACAUACGCGCCGUUCCUUAGCGUCACCGCAUACGUGGGCCCGCCUGCUGAGCGAAAGCUCAUGAAGGACAAGCUUGAAAAGCCCGACAUUGUUAUUACUUCGUAUGAUGUGUGCCGCAAUGACGUUGAGAUUCUUGAGAGGUACAAUUGGAACUAUGUGGUCCUUGACGAGGGCCACCUCAUCAAGAACGCAAAGGCAAAGAUCAGCAUAGCUGUGAAGAAGCUGGUUAGCAACCACCGGCUUAUCCUGACCGGCACCCCGAUCCAAAACAAUGUGCUGGAGCUGUGGUCCCUCUUUGAUUUCCUGAUGCCUGGCUUCCUCGGGGCGGAGAAGGUCUUCGCUGAUCGCUUCGUGAAGCCCAUCUCUGCGUCCCGUUACAGCAAGGCCUCCUCGAAAGAGCAAGAAGCCGGGGCCCUCGCCAUCGAAGCCCUGCACAAACAAGUCUUGCCUUUCCUCUUGCGGCGCCUGAAGGAAGAGGUACUAAACGACCUUCCGCCCAAGAUUUUGCAAAAUUACUAUUGCGACCUUAGCGACCUGCAGAGGAAACUGUUCGAUGAAUUUUCGAAGCGCGAGUCGAAGAAGUUGGCCGAUGAGGCAGGCCGUGACGACAAAGAUGCCAAGCAGCACAUCUUCCAGGCCUUGCAAUACAUGCGGAAGCUCUGCAACUCUCCUGCCAUGGUGUUGAAGCCGGGCCACCCCAAUUAUGACGAGACUCAGCGUAUCCUCGCUAAGGGAAACACCAGUCUGGAAGAUGCCGCCCACGCCCCGAAACUCACGGCGCUCAGAGAUCUGUUGGUAGACUGUGGCAUCGGUACCGAGGGCCAUGAUUCAAACGAUCCACUGUAUCAGCCGAUCAAACCUCAUCGGGCACUGAUCUUUUGUCAGAUGAAAGAAAUGCUGGAUAUGGUGCAAAACUCAGUAUUGAAGGCUAUGUUACCCUCAGUCACCUACCUCCGUCUUGAUGGUGGCGUCGAAGCCAACAAACGCCAGGAUAUUGUGAACAAGUUCAACAGCGACCCAUCAUACGAUUGUCUCCUUCUGACCACCAGCGUCGGUGGCCUGGGCCUCAAUCUCACGGGAGCCGACACCGUCAUAUUCGUUGAGCAUGACUGGAACCCGCAAAAGGACCUGCAGGCUAUGGACCGUGCACAUCGCAUCGGUCAAAAGAAGGUGGUCAACGUGUACCGACUCAUCACUCGCGGCACGUUGGAAGAGAAGAUCCUGAGCCUGCAGCGUUUCAAGAUCGAUGUUGCUUCGACAGUUGUCAACCAGCAGAACGCCGGUUUGGCGACAAUGGACACUGACCAGAUUCUGGAUUUGUUCAACAUAGGCGAAUCGGGGCCAGGCUUGAUUACGGAGAAACCCUCCGGGGGCGGGUUUGAGGGACGUGAAGAGGACAUGGUGGACAUUGAAACGGGUGAUGUUCGCCAGCCGGGCAAGAAGGCUGCUUGGUUAGAGGACUUGGACGAUUUGUGGGACAAUAAGCAGAGCCCAAGAUACCCCGCCAUCCCGAUCCAAUGCCCCUCCACUAACGUUCGAAGCUUCCAGAGCGCAGACGCAUCUUGCUUCCGGGACGCACUGGAGCUCAGCGAUGACUCCGACAUCGAAGUCCACCCAAACGUGGAUAAGCGGUCCUUUAUCCGCGCGAAGCAGAACCAGAUCCACCAAGAGCGGGAGCAGCGCAAGCUCCAGAUCGUGACCCUGAAGUACGAGCGUCAGAUCAACGACGCGUUGAUACAGCGAAUCACCUCGCUCCUGAACUCCCUCAAGGCCCACGCCGCCGACGUCGACAAUGGGAAGCGCAGCCCCGGCGAGGUUGCUUUUGCGGCAGUCAUGGAGUCCGCUGCAAACCUCAAGCCAGAGGACGACACGCCACCACCACGCCCCGCCGGCGUGCACAAUGCGGAGGAGAAGCUGCCGACGUACAGCAAGAUGAUGGCUACGCUGCUCGAUCAGGUGAACCAGGCCAUGGAGGAGAAGAAGGUCAAGGACGAGGAGCGGUACCCAGCCAUGGUUGCAGAGAUUCAGGACCAUUUGGAUAAGGUCACAAAUCUCCAGAAGGAUCUGCAUAAGAAGCUUGAUGAGCUGGAGAAGGAGGAGGCCCGUAAGAUCACGAGUGAGAGCAUUCACACGGGCUUUGACAGCUCGCAUGUGGCCAAGGCAACCGCCUCGUCGUCGUCAGAGGGAAAGAAAGACGACACCCAGGUCGAACUCCUGAAUCCCAACUUCAGCAACCCGCCGCAGGCUGGAGAAAAGAGCUCUUCGGCGAAACCAGAAGAUGAUGACGAGGAGGUCGAGGCCUCACCAGCGGCGAAGCAGUUUGCAAAGAUUCAGACUGGUUCCUACAGCGAGUCCCUCUCCUUCCUCGGCAAGCACCCCGAGAUCCUCCAGGAAAAAGAAACCGACGGCCUGCUCAUAAUGGCUUUUGACGCACAACUCAGUGGAAAGGAAGAGUUCUCCCGGCAAUGCGUGCACCAAGCCCUGCUCCUGCAGUAUUGCCGCGCCUUGGGGCGGGAUGGCGUCGGUCUCUUCUUCAAGCGCAUCAUGACAAAGGGUCACCAGGCGCAGGACGUCUUCUUCAAAGACGUGCAAGACACCUACCUAAAGAUCAAGACACGCGCUGCUGAGAUCAACAAGGAGCGCGCAGCAUCCGGCUCAGGCCUUGCGGAGGGCGAGGGCGUCGAGCAGAUCCAGCUGCACGCGGUAGAGCCGGGCACCGUGAUCAACAUCCAGGUGCCACCUGCCGACAGCGAGGACCCCGAGAUACAGGAGGCCCGCAAGAUCUUUGAAUCUUUCAGCCCUGACAUGAAGAAGGCGCUCGAGAGCGGCAGUCUGGACCAGGUGAACAAGGUGCUGGGCAAUAUGAAGGUGGACGAGGCGGAGGACUUGGUGGGGAAGUUCGGUGAGGCGGGCGUCCUGAGCCUCGAGCAGGAGAUCAUAGAUGCGACUACGGAUCAGGGCAAGGCAGAGUGGAAGCAGCUCCAGGACCAGGCAAAGCCGACCACGUCGGAGUCGCAGUAUGCGGAUGAUCCCGAAUAA